GAUAAUAUUACUGCAACGGCAUGUGUCUCAUGGUUCCCAAUCCCAUUAGAUUCGAUCGAGUGGGUUUCCCGGUGGUAUCAUUAGCAGCUCACCGUUGACUGCGCGACUAUCAGCGGUACACUCUUCCAUAUCUUCUUCGUCCCAUUUUAUUUCUUUGUUUUCUUUUCACCAAACUCCGGUCUCCGCUCCCCGAGAGUUUCCUGCUCGAAUUCCUUUGCAAUUUCCAAGCUCUGCAGCUCAAUUUUGGUGGGGUUUCUCUUUCAUUAAUCCCCUAGUAUUAUGUUUCGGGAAUCAGCUGUUUCUUUUGGCGGGAUUAUGAUUCACUUUUAGCGCAUUUGGAGUAACUUGGUUUUGAUCCUGAUCGACGAAAUUGAGGAUCGAGUGAUCUCCAGAAAUUGGUUUGGUCUAGGGUUUCCCGCAUAAAACUUGUCUCAGUUAUUUGGAUUCAUGAGCUCCUGAUGUUUCUAUUGCUCUAUCAGUGUAGAAUUUGAUUCCUUUAUCCGGUGAUUUCUUGUACUUACUGAAAAUAGCAAAAAUGGAUGUGGAUGGAAAAAAUAAAAUAAAAAUAAAUCUAAAGCUGAUGCUACUAGGUUUGGUGUGUGAAUUCCUGGAAACCGGAAAAGAAGGUUUUUGCAGUUUCAACUGGAGAGAUUCAUUUUCUAUUUGUUGAUUGAGACCAGGUUAGAAGUAAUUCAGUUUUGGGGCCUUUUUUUGUUUGAUCAUUGCUUUUGUGCCGCUAUGGAUGCUCUUCAAAUAGUUUCUUCGGCGACACAGAUUGUGUCGACAAUGUUGGGAGCGGUCAGUGCGCUUGAACAAGCUUCUACGAAUCUCAACGAAGCUCCGAAGAGAAUCCGUACCCUCGAGGAGUUUGUGUCGAAUCUUGAGAGCUUAGCGCAGCAAUUGAAGCAGAAAUAUGCCCACAAGGCCCAUAAUGCUCAAUUGGACCGCCAAAUCAAUGGCUUGAACGGUCUCAUUGAUCGGCUCAACCUCAACGUUGCGAAGGCUAGAAGACUUCUCACGAAAAGUAAAAUGAAAGGAUUUUCUAGGGUUGUAUGGAGUUCCAUGGUCGGAGACCCUGUAUCAAAAUAUAUUCAGUUAAUCAGAGAUGAUUUGAACUGGUGGUUGGAAUUGCAGAAAUUAACUGAGAGUGUGGAAAGUAUUAUAGCUUCUACCUCAGAAAAUGUGUCAUCUAUACUAAGAAUUAAAUCCGAGCAAGGUUACCCUGUGUCCAAUAAGUGCCAUUACGUGCGUGAGCUUCUUGAGAAGGAUGAUACGCGUCCGGUUGUACUAAUUGUUGGCCUUUCUGGAAUUGGCAAGUCGUGUCUGGCUCGCCAAAUAGCAUCCGAUCCACCUAGCCGGUUUGUGGAUGGGGCAGUUGAGCUAGGUUUUGGCCGGUGGUGCAGUAGAGCAGCUUGCAAUGGAAGCAGAAGUGACUACCGUAAGCGCUUAGUGAAGAAAAUUUGCAGAUUUUUGGUGCAGAUUGGUUCCUUGAAGAAGGCUAGGGAUGAAUUGAAUGAAGAUCUUGAAGAUGUUUGUUGCUUGCUACAAACGGCAUUGGUCGGGAAGAGCAUGUUGAUCCUUCUUGAUGAUGUAUGGGAGCAAGAUAUCGUGGAUCGGUUUGCGAAGUUGUAUGACAAUGGCUGUAGAUACUUAGUGACUACAAGGGAUGAGGCAGUUUACGAAAUCACAGAGGCUGAAAAGGUGGAGAUAUGCAAAGAUGACAUCAAGGAAAUAAGCAAGGAGAUUCUUCUCUAUCAUACUAUGCUUAGUGAUGAGGAACUUCCGGCUGUUGCAGAGAAUUUGCUAGAUCGCUGCGGUCACCACCCUCUCACUGUUGCAGUCAUGGGUAAGACUCUCCGAAAGGAAACAAGUGUUGGGAAAUGGGAAAGAGCCAUAAGUGACCUCUCCACACACGCGACAUGCGCCCCUGGCCCAGUUCCCUAUGUAAAUGAAAAGGAAGUAGAGACCACUUUAACUAUCUUUGGAUCAUUCGAAUUCAGCUUGGAAGCAAUGCCAGAACAUUCUAGAAGGUUCUUUGUACUCCUUGCUGCAAUUUCAUGGGCCGAGCCUGUCCCUGAAGCAUGCGUAGAAGCUCUUUGGUCGGUUCUUCGGCAGGAUAGCUUGUUCCCUCUCGUGGUCUGCAAGCUAGUCGAAGGUUCAUUAUUAAUCAAAUUGGAGUCACAACUAUUAUAUCAUGUUCACGAUAUGGUUUCGCUCUAUCUCGAUAAUAAAACAAGUGAGGCCAUGGAAAACCUUCUGGUGAAGUCCUCUCAUGAAACUGCUGCUCUGAUUGCUCCUUGGCUUCUUAUUUUUGGGAAGGAGACAGUGCAAGAUAUAGCUGAGGAGAAGUUGAAUUCUUUUUUAACCUCACUACAAGAUAGGGAGGUUGUGAUGAUAUUAAAAAGUACUAUUCAUUCUCUGAUGGCGAGCAAAUCGAUCUCGCAAUUGGAAGCUAGUAGAUUGAGAUUUAGUAGAGUAAUUACUCCUCGAAUAUCGGAGCUUAUCUCAGUUGGUUCACCAAAUCUACUCGUUUCAGCUUCAAAGGCCAUCACAAUUAUAUUUAUUCAAGAAGAUUAUUGCGUUCUUGCCAAAUCUCUUGAGGAAAAGAGCUCGGUAGAUAAACUUUUGAAUCUUUUUGAAGAUUCUAAGGACAUCUCAACUGUAAUAGCUGUGUCAACUGUUGUUGCCAAGCUCGCUGAAUUUGCAAGUUCACCAACUAUUGAUAAAAUUUUAACAAGCAUCCCGAUGAAUCAAAUAGCGGAGUUUCUCUCUGCUGAUGCAGAGGAGUGGCAUGAUAAUAUUUUCAUGACUAUUCUGUCAUUGACUAAAGCCGGAAAGUCAAAGGCGGUUGAGAUGAUGAUAGAAUCAGGUGUAGAUAAGAAGCUUCUCACACUUCUCGAGAAUGGUUCUGAGAUUGCUCAACAUCAUUCUAUCGUGACAUUAAAAACAUUUUAUGAGCUAGGGGGCCCUCUUGAACAAGGAUGUUUGAAACCUGGUACAUUGAAUCGCUUGCCUUGGCACGUUAGACUUAGCUUGGAGAGGUUAGUACUUUCCGAUCGAAACAUAAGCCCUUUGCCGAAAUCCCAAGCUUUCGAGGUCCUUUUAAGUAAAAUCCUCACCAGGGAUAGUAAAGAGAUUGUUGAAGCGCUACAGGGUCUGAUUCCUAUAGUCGAGAAAGCAGGUGAUGAAAGAAUACGAGACCUUAUUUUGGGAAGCCAGUUAAUCGAGAGACUAGUAGUUCUACUACAACAUGGAGGGAUCGAUCAAACCCAAGCUAGAUCUGAAUCUGCUUUUCUGGUGAUGAAAUUGGCUUGCUCGGGUGGCGAGCCAUUCAUACGUAGGUUCUUAGAGCUCGACAUUGUUCUCGAACUCGUUAAAAUGAUGCAGUGCAACAUCGAGGAGCUGCAGGAUUCUGCAUACACUGCUCUUCAUCAAAUUAUAUUUGCGAAAGGAGGAUCUCUAGUUGUGAAUAAAAUUCUCCAGUUGGGUUUAAUUGAAAAACUAGUCAAUUCGCUGGAGCGAAAAUGUUUGAAAACGAAGGAGGUGAGCUUGCUUUUCAUUGUGGACAUUGUGGAGGCCGGUUCAAAGCCCUGCAUAGAAAAGAUGCUUUCUUCGCAAGUGGUUGAGAAGCUCGUUGGGCUCGACAAGAUGGGAGGAAAUUUUAGCGGGGUGGUUUUGAGAUUUAUCAAAGGAUUGGAUAUGUGUAAGAACUUGUCAUCGGCCGAAAGACAGGUUAUGAAGCAGCAGGUUAUGAGGAAGGUGAGAUCAGCAUCAGCGGUGAGAGGCCAUAAGAUAGAGGCAAGUCUUAUAGCUUCUGUUGAAUCUGAUAUUUCCGAAGGUUCGAGGGGAGGUCGCAGCAGCAAAAGAAAGAAGUAGAUUAUGAAACCGAUGCAUACUUAUCGUAUCACGGGAUUGUGGCAUUUUUCCAUUGCUUAAAAUUAUAUAUUUAUGCUUAAAAUCUGGCGACUUAAAAGAGGAGAGAAGAAAGGUGCAUGAAAUUUUAUUAGCCAUGCAUAUUAAUGUGUAAGUCUUCUGCAAGAAGCUCUUACAUUUGUCGGUAUAUCACGAGAAAAAUGUAUAAUUGCUCGAUAAAGGAUGCAAUUUAGAUGAAGCACGCAUUGUCUGACUUUGUAUCAUUGUUAUUAGCAAAUAUUUUAUGCUGCAGAUUAUACGGUCCAGAAUUGGUAAAGUCAUUGGAUAUGCCUGCCAUGCUUA